CAAAGAAAUGAUUUUCUCCUGGAAGUGAAUCAGAAGACACACCAUCAUUCGGUAGCCAGAAUAUAAUUCAAGUGAGCUCGGUAUAAAAAGAAAAAAAAAUCCAAAUCUAUCAUAUAAACAUUUUUUUUUUAGGGAAAACUACAUUUCUUACUCGAGCUUGCAAAUCAGAGCGUACUAGGUCUCUUGAUGCUCACAGCUGGGAAAUAGGCAGAUCCAAUGAAAGUGGACUUGGUGAUGACCUAUGCACACAAGUACAAACAGGAACUGGACAAUUAGAAAUCUCUUCAUUCCUCCAAAAGAUCAUUUGCAAGCAUUUAGGAGCAGGAUUUUCUCUAGCAUUUGUACAAAAAAGUCCUGGCAACAUGCAUUUACACACCAGCAUCUUCUUGUUCCUGGUUUCUCCAAAUUUUGUCUUCAUGUCUGGCUAUUUUCCUGAGAGGCAUCCAAAGCAGUCCAAUGUGAAGGGACCACCACCAUUCCUGCCAUUCAAUACAAAAAGUCAAGUAAUUCCAAGUGCCCCAGAACAAGGGCCACCAGGUCCUCCUGGUCCAGUUGGUCCAAGAGGAUUGCCUGGGCCUCCAGGACCUUCAGGAAAACCAGGAUAUGGAGCACCAGGGCCACAAGGAGCUCAAGGAGUACCAGGACCACCAGGAUUCUCCUCCAUUGGAAAACCUGGUCAACCAGGCAUACCUGGCAAGCAGGGGGAACGAGGAUAUCAAGGAGAGAAAGGUGACAGUGGACCUAUAGGACUUCCAGGACCAAGAGGUCAGCAAGGACCGCCAGGAUUUCCUGGACCUGCUGGAAUUUCUGCUGUUGGCACACCAGGUUUACAAGGUGCAGUUGGAAACCCUGGUCUAAGAGGUGUACCUGGAUUUAAAGGUGAACCUGGCAUGCCAGGGAUAAGUGGAGUCAAAGGACAAGAUGGAUAUGGAGCUCCAGGUCAACCAGGAGAAAGAGGUCUACCUGGUUUCCCCGGGCAACCUGGGCCACAGGGUCCUGCUGGAAUAGGCAAACCUGGCCUAAAUGGUCUUCCUGGACAGCCAGGAAAAUUAGGAGAUAGAGGUUUACCAGGUGAACCAGGAAUACAAGGUUUACCAGGACCCCAGGGCUUACAUGGCCAGCCAGGGCCAUCAGGUGUUGGAAAGCCAGGAAUGAAUGGUGCUUCAGGAUUGCCAGGGCAUUCUGGACCUAAAGGACAGCCAGGGCUACCAGGUAUGCCUGGUCCGCAAGGAAUGCAAGGUUAUGGAAAGCCAGGCUUAUCAGGAGUUAAAGGACAAAGGGGGGCUGAAGGGAUUCCGGGUGUUCCUGGUAUAAAAGGUGAUCAGGGACCAGUUGGUCUUCCAGGGGAGCCAGGAAUACCAGGGUUUCCAGGAAAUGGAGGUAUACAGGGACAUAGGGGGCUUCCAGGAGAUGUUGGAUUUCCAGGACAAAAGGGUGAGGUUGGUCCUAAAGGGUUUUCUGGAGCUCCUGGUCCAAAAGGAGAAAGAGGUACUCCAGGACUAGAUGGAAAAUCAGGAUAUCCAGGUGAGCCAGGACUUGCUGGUCCCAAAGGGCCACCAGGGAUGACAGGACAAAAAGGAGAGAAAGGGAUAGUAGGACCACCUGGUUCACCUGGAGCAAUUGGUCCAGUAGGCCCAAGAGGUGAAAUGGGUUACAGUGGAGAGCAGGGACCAAGAGGGGCUACAGGAAUACCAGGUAUGAGGGGAGCAUCAGGAGCACCAGGAAUUUCAGGUCCUCCUGGUCAUAAGGGGGAACAGGGCUUACGUGGUCUACCAGGUCCAGCUGGCAUUGCAACAAAUGGUGUACAAGGACCAAUAGGACCUCCUGGAAUUACUGGUCCAAGAGGAAUGAAUGGUGAGCCAGGACUGCCUGGUCAACCAGGUCCACCAGGCCCACCAGGUCAGGUAAUAAUGCCACACCAGUUGCCUGAUGGCUACUCAAAAUCAGGGCAAAUUCAAGGCCUAAGGGAAUUACGUGCUUCUGCAUUUACUGCUGUUCUCUCCACAGCCUUUCCAGCAGUGGGAGUACCUAUAAAAUUUGAUAAGAUUUUAUAUAACAGACAAAAUCACUAUGAUGCUCGAACUGGAAUAUUUACAUGCAGGAUACCGGGACUAUAUUAUUUUGCUUACCAUGUGCAUGUAAAAGGCACAAAUAUUUGGGUGGCACUAUAUAAAAAUGGUACACCAAUAAUGUACACGUAUGACGAAUAUAAGAAAGGAUACCUUGACCAGGCAUCGGGGAGUGCCGUCAUAGACCUAAUGGAAAAUGAUCAAGUUUGGCUCCAGUUACCCAGUGCAGAAUCUAAUGGCUUAUAUUCUUCUGACUAUAUACAUUCCUCUUUCUCAGGAUUUUUAUUUGGCCUAACAUGAUAAGUAUUUUUAUAUUUCCAAUUUUAUGCUUGAAUUUUUUUGUUACAUCCCUUUUUUUGUGUUGAUAAAAAUUGCAGUACAUUAUAAUGUAUUUUUGAUGUUUUAGUUGCAUGAAUUAUUGCUAUUUGAAAUUUACUGCUCCUUAAAAUAUUGUUUCUAUUUCAGUUGCAGUGAGUUCCCAAAUAUAAAACACUGUAAUCUAAUUGUUGUAUCUUCAUAGUGUUUUUUCUCAACGCGUUGUAUGUGAUAACUCUGUAUUAAGAACUUUGCAGAUUUUUUGUAAUAUUAAAAUUCACAGGACACUGACUCUAAAAUAUUCAAACAGUUCUAGUAUUCCCAAAGUCAAACUAUUCAGCUUUCAUUGCCUUGUCUGUUAGCCAUCAAUCUUUUUAUUAUUCUCCACACUCAUCCACUCACUCAUAAGAUUUAACAAUAUGAACCUUUGUAUCCCUCUACUAAAAAUUGUAAUUCCACCAAUCCUGUUAAUUUAACAUUGUUUUAAAAUAAACAUUUUCUUAAA